CACCCCCCUCUUUGACCAACCAUAACCUUUUACCCAGAGAGCUCCUAUAGGACCAGAGCUGGGGGCAGUUUAGAGUUUAGAGCCAUUUGAUUGGUGCAGCAUCGGACAGAUGGUGAGGUAGAGAGGACUCAAACUGUAUUGGCUCUGGUAAGAGUGAAAGGGAGGAGACUUUCACAAUGAAUGUGCUGAAGACACAUGUUUACAAUGAUGGGGAAGAGGGGGGAAAUGGAGCUGCACAUGAUCACCAAAACACAAUGGUGCCACUUUUAAACAGACUGACAGAAAAUCAUUGCAGAAGGACACCAAAGAGGCGCGUUGACCUGCAGAAUCAAGGGAAAAAUAUAACAAGAAGUUAGAUGAGUUAUCACACAGCUGAUGAAAGCAUUUGUUUCUGACUGUUCUGUACCAAGUACAACACCCUCUUCUUGUUCCGUAACAAACUGACACAAGGGGAACAAGUCAUCACAAGGACUACCAAACACUCCCCAGGGAUGACCAGUGCUCAGCUGUUGAAGACUUCACCAGAAGAGUCUGUGUUUGGUGCCCAGCCUUCCAGGAUGGCAUCCACUGGUGGUGUCCUCGGCUCCUCACCUCCCCCCGCAGCUGUCUGGCCUCCUCUUGACUUUGCACUGGGCGCUCUUUCCUGCUGCGCAGCCUGUGUGUUCACCAAUCCCCUGGAGGUUGUAAAGACCCGUCUGCAGCUUCAGGGAGAGCUGCGUGCACGGGGGUCCUACCAGAGACACUAUCGUGGAGUUCUGCAGGCCCUCUGGGUGGUGGGCCGCACAGACGGGCUCCGGGGCCUGCAGAAGGGGCUCUCAGUCGGGCUGAUUUACCAGGGUGUGAUGAACGGUGUGAGGCUGGGCUCCUACUCGUACUGUGAAGCUCUGGGUUUCACCUCGUUCUACGGGGGGAGUCUGCUGUCGGGGGCAGGGGUCGGGGCGCUGGGUGCCUUAAUUGCUUCUCCUGCCUACCUGGUGAAGACCCAGCUGCAGGCUCAGACUGUGGAAGCCAUAGCAGUAGGCCACCAGCACAAGCAUCUGGGAGUGUCUGACGCCUUCGUUACCAUCUAUAGAAGAGACGGUUUAAUUGGUCUUUGGAGGGGUGUGAACGGGGCCGUGCCUCGAGUGAUGGUGGGAUCAGCUGCUCAACUGGCAACAUUCACCUCGGCCAAGGACUGGGUGUCACAUUCCCAGUGGUUUAGUCCAAACAGCUGUCUUACGGCUUUGAUAGCCGCCAUGAUCAGUGGAGUCGCUGUGGCGAUCAGCAUGACACCAUUUGACGUCAUUAGUACACGGCUCUACAACCAGCCAGUGGAUGAGUUUCAUAAAGGCCGUCUGUACAAUGGAUUUUCUGAUUGUAUGCUGAAGGUGUGUCAAGCUGAGGGCCUGCUGGGGUUGUAUAAAGGCAUGGGCCCUGUCUUUGUGCGCUUGGCCCCACACACAGUGCUCAGCAUGCUGUUCUGGGAUCUCAUGAGGCAACAGACAGUGAAGAACAACCAGAGCCAGGGAAUGAGCUAAAACAUCCCUGCGCAUGAUUGACUGAACCCAGUCACAACUAUUGAAGUUGAAGCAGAACGAUAGAUAAGAAGAUUGAUACAAUUCUCAUGUCUGUACAGUAAAUAUGAAGCUAUACAACCAGCAGCUAGCUUAGCAUAAAUACUGUAAACAGGAGAAACCGCUGGUCUGGCUCUGUCGAACUGUAAUAAAAUCCAACAGCAGCACCUCUGAAACUCACUAAUUAACAUAAAUGUAUCUGAAGUGUUGCUUUACAGGAGUUAAUCAUGACAGUAACCUCCUGGAGGCUCUGCUGUCAACUGCUAAAGGCCAAGAAACAUAACAUAACUCCCAUCCAUAAAACAGAAAAUUGUCGUUUCUCUUUUUUUUUAGUGGGCUGUCUAGGUGCUGGUAGGUAGAUUUUAGAAUGUAACUUUAUAGUCAUUGUUUCACAACAACGAAGCACAGUUUAGCAGCUCUCAGUUUAAAAAACACACAAAUAGAAAAAAAUCUAGAAAUAGCAAAUAUAUCACAAUUUAAAUAUAUAAAAUAAAGAUAAAUAAACAUGAUGAGGUGGCACUAUAUUUUUGUAGUUUUGGACAGAACCAGGCUAACUGCUUUCCCCCUGUUUCCAGUUUUUGUGCAAAGCUAGGCUAACCACCCACUGGCUGUAGCUUCUUAUUUA